UGUAUCUUCUUUGGUUGCGGUUUAAAGGUAAACAGAAGUUUCAAAACAUGGUCUGCCGAUGGCUUGUAUUUAUUUUUGACUAAAUUCCAAAUAGACGUAGUUUAUCAUUUUUAAUUUAAAUACUUAUACCGCACGUGUUAUAAUGUAUAGAUUGCUGGUAUUGCAAAAUAUAUAUCGUCGUAACCUCCAUAAUGUUACAUCUUCUGUAUUCCCACCAUGGUCGAAUUGCUCUUUCUGCAAGCAUGGAAAUAUAUCUUUAAAAUCUUCAGACUGGCAACAAGUUGGAAAUAAUAUUAUGCCAGUUCGGUUCCAGUCAUCAGGCAUGUACAGAGCUGUCCAAAAGAAUGGGAUGUCUGUUAAAAAGAAGAGAGUCAAAAGAUUCAAAAAGAAAUAUGCAGAGCUCUUAGAAAUAACUGAAGCAUCCACGAGCCAGACCAAAGCAUCGGUCAGCAACCUGAAGCCGAAGCAUCUGUCCAUGAUCGUGGAGCAGCCAGAUCUCAAUCUGUCACAGUUGCAUCAGUUGAAAAUGACAAAGCAGAAGGGGAAACAAGCGCUGUUCAGCGAGAGUGGUCCAGUCGCCCCCACUGCGGACGUGCAGAAGGAUCUGGGAAGAGUUCCGGAGCGGCAGCAGGCGGCGGCGAGCGGUGCUUGCGAGGAAACGGAGGAACAGAAGCUGGGGAUGGUCGAUGACCCGGAGAGUUUCCCGGACGACAGGAGCGAGCUGCUCCAGGAAGUUGAGCUCCUCGGAGCACUUGGGAGCGUCCCGUUGGACAGCACCAAACUCAAGAGCGACCUUUUCCAGGACUUGGGUUGCAGCGAACACACAGCCGACAAAGAGGACUCGCCUUUCUCCACUGCAUCGCCUCUUGUCGAAGGAAAGACUCAUGUUUCUCAGGGGAAGAGUCCCCAGAAGAAACCUAAAGUUGUAGUUAGUUUGAAGAAGAGAUUGGAAGAGGCAGUCAAAGUGAAGCAGACAGAGCUUGAAGCUUUGGGGAAAGAAGAGAGCUUGUUUCGUAAUCUCUGUUCAUAUCUGGAUGUGUGUGUCAACUGUGGCAUGUUGAACAGAGGGCUGGCCACACUUCUGUACUAUCGAUCACGGAACAAGCAGUCUUUGAGGAACCCUCCCCCCUCUUACGUGAAGUUGUAUGCCACCGUUUUGCAUGGACUUGCAAGGAAGGGCAACUUGAGCAAAGUGACGGAGAUAUUCGGCAUCAUGCACGAGGAUGCUCUGCUGCCGUCGCUGCAGUGCUACGCAGCGUUCUUCGAGUGCGUGGGCCGCCUCCCAGCGUCUGAAGAGACCACUACGUCGCUCCGACAACUGGCUGUCCAGAUGAGAGAAAGGGGACUAGACUUGAAUGAUCUCGUGGUCUCUUGUUCUUUUGUGAGUGACCAAAGAGAAAAGGUGAUAGAAGGUAUACGAAGAAUUGAGAACAAUUUCAUCCCAAUUGCACAUCCAAUGGAUAUCAGCUAUUCUUGUCCUCUGGUAGAGGAACUAAAUGUUCAUAAACAGCAUAGCGGCUACAUCUCGCCAGGACUCAGGAUCACGAGCAGUGAGAGGAUGCAGAGGCUGGUCACGGCACAGCUGCAAGCUGAAAUGAACGGCUUUGUCUCCGUGAAGUCGGUGGAGAAGCGUCCAGAACCAACACCAAACGUCCUUCGCUACCGUGAAAAGUUGGAGGAGACACAAGCAGAAUGGAGGAAGAUCAUUGCUGCUUCAUUCACUCGCGACUUGAAUUCCUUGAAAGCUCAACAUCACAGCCACAAGAUGUUCCAGCAGUUCAAUGUCUACCCGUACCUCAAGGCCUUGAACAUCGAGGAGUUUGUUGACAUCAUCUUGCAGGAAAUACGCAGUCUUUCGGAAGGUUCUGAAACAUUCAGUCCAACGACCCAUCAGCUGUAUCGUGAGCUGGGUACGAAGGUGAAAACAAGGUAUUUCAUCAAGCAGAAGAAACUGAAUGGUGUGCUGAAGAAAGUAGAGCAUCUGUACCGUGAAUAUUGUGAUUGGUACAUAGACCCUUCUAGCGACGUGACGAGUGCUAACACCAGAGAGAAGUGGCAGCGGCUGUUGUUCUCGCAUCAAGACGGCCCUACUGUGACGGCAGAGGAGGAAACGUGGCCAGCGUCCGCAGUAUUGGGCGUGGGGAAGUUCCUCUACAACAUAAUCAUGAGAGACAUCAAGGUGGACGUCAACCUUACCAGGCCCAGCAGCAAGUCACAGCACUUGCUGCCGGCGUUCUACACGCUGUUCCGGCACCAGAGCCGCCUGAUGAAGGAGGAGGUGAAGCCACACCCGGUGCUGGCGCGGCUGUUCCGCGCCGCCGAGCGGGAGGACCUGGUGUUCGACGCCGUGUGCGUGCCGAUGCUGACCCCGCCCGUGCCCUGGACCUCGGUGGGGUGCGGGGGCUACCUGCUGGCUCGGGCGGACCUCGUGCGUCUGCCGCACCAGGCCGUGCAGCAGCUGCAGCGGCUCAGGGGCACGCCGGCGCGGCAGCUGUACCCCGCGCUCGACUGCCUCGACCAGCUGGGCGCCGUGCCCUGGACCAUCAACGAGCCGGUUCUGGACGUGGUGCUGGAAGUGUUCAACUCCGGAGGCUCCAGCAGGCUGGACAUCCCGGAGCCCCCGUCCAGCGUCCCGGCGGCCAGCGCCGUCACCCCGGACAUGAGCAAGCAAGAGCGUGCCCAGCUCUACCGCCAGCGCAUGGCCGUGCGUCGCCGCAAGGCGGAGAUGUACAGCCUGUGGUGCGACGCCCUGUACCGGCUGUCUCUCGCCCACCACUACCGCAAGAAGGUGUUCUGGCUGCCCCACAACAUGGACUUCCGUGGCCGCGUGUACCCCUGCGCGCCCCACCUCAACCACCUGUGCUCCGACAUGGCGCGGUCCAUCCUCUGCUUCGCCCGGGGGGAGCCGCUCGGCCAGAAGGGGCUGGACUGGCUCAAGAUCCACGCCAUCAACCUGACGGGCCUGAAGAAGAAGGAACCUUUGUCCGAGAGACUCCAGUACGCAAAUAAAAUGAUGGAUGAAAUUUUGGAUUCUGCAGACAACCCUUUAACUGGCUGCAUGUGGUGGGCGGAGUCGGAGGAGCCGUGGCAGACGCUGGCGGCGUGCGUGGAGAUAGCCCGCGCCGUGCGCAGCGGGGACCCGGCCCGCCACGAGUGCCGCUUCCCCGUGCACCAGGACGGCUCGUGCAACGGCCUGCAGCACUACGCUGCGCUGGGACGCGACACGGCGGGGGCGCGCAGCGUCAACCUCUCCCCGGCCCCCUGCCCCCAGGACGUGUACAGCUGCGUCGCCGCGCUGGUGGAACGCGAGCGGGAAACUGAUGCUGCGAAUGGCAUGAAAGUUGCUCAGGUGCUGGAAGGUUUUGUGCGCAGGAAAGUAAUCAAACAAACAGUGAUGACUACGGUGUAUGGCGUGACACGGUUUGGUGCCCGUCUGCAGAUAGUGCGACAAUUGAAAGAUAUAGAUAACUUCCCAAAGGAUUCCAUCUGGUCAGCCUCAAGCUAUCUGGUUGUGAAAACAUUUGAGAGCUUACGUGAGAUGUUUACAUCCACAAAGGAGAUACAGGACUGGUUCACGGAGUGCGCCAAGUACAUCUCGCAGGUGUGCGGACAGAACGUGGAGUGGGUGACGCCCCUGGGACUGCCAGUGGUGCAGCCGUACAGCCGCAAGAAGCAGGAGACACUCCGCCAGAGCAAGAAGCUGCCCGAGCACUCCAGCAUGGACAUGUUUGAGCGGCCAAAUGUAAUGAAGCAGAAGAAUGCAUUCCCGCCGAACUUCAUACACUCGCUGGAUUCUUGUCACAUGAUGCUGACAUCGCUGUUCUGCGAGCGUCACGGCAUCACGUUCGUGUCUGUGCACGACUGCUUCUGGACGCACCCGAGCACCGUGGAUGUCAUGAACAAGAUAUGCAGGGAGCAGUUUAUUGCGCUGCACUCUCAACCAAUCCUGGAGGACCUUUCCCGCUUUCUUGUUGACAAGUACAGCUACAGUGAAAGUGAGAUAAGAAAUAAUAGUUCAGUUGUGGACGCUGCCAAGCAGAGAGUCAAUAAAGUCCUUGCCCAAGUUCCGAGAAGAGGGGACUUUGAUGUGAGGGAGGUGCUGGAGUCAGUGUAUUUCUUCAGUUGAACCUGGAUCCAGGCCGGCUCCUGAACUCUUAGCCUCUGCGAGUCGCUCCUGCCUCAAGUAGUUCCAGUCUGUGAUACUCGCGUGAGCUGCACGCGAUGCCAUUCGCAAGUUUCGAGCAUGGUUCGUUUGUGCCAACCCUGGCAGUCUAUGUGUUGUUGCACAGUUCUUUUGCCAUUAUUUACACGAAAACCUGAUGCUACUGCACGACUGUCAUUGCGUAGGACACAGAUAUUCACAAAAACAAGUGCUGAAACCAUGAAGUCAUAAUCUAUGUUUGUGAAAAAAAAUUACUAUUCAUUAUUAUUGUAUGAAAUGUAGCUUAAAGGAAUUAGUUUUUGAUUACAAUGUGAUUUCAAACUCAAAACCUAAUUACAGUUUGUUUCAGAAUUUGUAAUAAUAUCAAAUUUUACUCCUUUAACCAUUAUAAGAGUUUUAUGUUGAAAUGCUUUUGAUGUAGCUAUUUAUUAUGUCUACUGUUGCAUUAAAUUUUUAUAUCCAUAUUUUUUAACACUAGGUUCCUACUAUUUUUUUUUGUUAGUUGCAUGAUGACAUUUAUUUAUGUUAUUUGUUACCAAUUGUAUUUUAACUCAUAUACUUAAGAAGAUAUUUGCUGGCUUACAUGAAAUUAGUACAAAUUAAAUUUGGAUGUCAAGCUGUUUAAAAAUUAGAAUGGUCUCUUGUAAGCAAACAUGGUGAAGUAAAGUAUGCAAGUUUUGGUAACGACAUUUGAAAUAUUUAUGAAGAUUUUUUAGGUGUUCAAAUUUAUGUUAUAUGUCAGAUGUAAUUAGAGUUGUCAAUCUAACUCAAAUUUAGAAGGAAGGAUUGUUUUGGUCUGGGGAUUUUAUGAUUGUAAAUUAAUAAUGAAUGACUCAAAAAUUGAAUUUUAGGCAGACUUAUUUUAACAAUAUAUUUUAAUGCCAUUAUUGACUGUGAAAUUUGCGGUUUUAGUGGCAACUAAAGGUUGAUUAAAAUCAAUUAAAAAAAUUAUUCCUUAACAUUAAAGCCUUUAUACUUGCAGCAACAUUACAUACACUAUAAAGAAAUAAGAGACUAAUAAAAUUGUAUAGUUUAAUAUUAUAAGGAUGCAUGCUUUCUGUUAGUCAGAAUCUGGCUUGUUAGAGUUCCCAGUUGUUUAGUUAUAUGGUGGUUGCCAGUUGAAAGAGGCAUAACAUCUCAUUAAUCCUUGUUGGAAUCAGUAUGUAUGUAACUUACAUAAAGUAAGUUGUUGGCCAGUAUUACUAAACUUAAUUUUUGUUUUAGUUGUGAUUGUUUAAAAAGGUCAUUUCAAUGAUUUUUUUUUUUCUGAAAUCUCAAUGGCCUUCAUACUUAUAUGAACCAAAUCUUUUGGAAGGAAGUGUUGUUACUUAAGUUAAUGACUGUAAAUGUAAGCCAGGGACACGCAAAGUGGUUACUCACUCUAAGAAAUAAUAAUAGAAAAUAUAAAUUUUGUCACUGUAGAAUAUUACAGUAAACUCUUGAUUCUGUGUCUCCCGGGUGAUAUCGACCUUCUCAAAGUAACUUACUUUGGGAUCCAUGAAAAAUUUGUUUGAAAAACUAGAAUUUCAAUGAACUAGGGCACUAACUGUGUUGCACUGGGAUUCUCUUGGUGAGCGCUGUACUGCCCAAGGUCGCUGGCCGGCAGGGGAGUCGCUUGGUUGCACAUUCGCACCCACCCACUUCACGCCUCCAGCUCUCUAGGGAGCUGCGAGUAUUCCAGAAAUUGUUUAUAUUGGAGAAUUAUUUGCUAUUCAGUAUUCGUGAAUAAUUUCAUAUUCAGUAUUUCAAAUACAUUUUUUUUAUUAUUCACUAACAGCAGAUACACCACAUGGGACUCAUUCAAAAAAAAUUUGAUUGAAAAAAUGUUAAAGUGUAUGAAGCUAAGAUAAUUUGUUGAAAAAUUUAGAUUUCUUUUCUUCAACAUUAUAUAUACAAUGUUUUUAUAUGGUACAAAUAAUCUGUGAUUGUGAUUUAAAGUUUCUACUAAUAAUUUUUUUUUAUGUAUGUAAUCAGAUCAACAAAACUAUUUUCAUAUUUAAAAUUUUAUUUUUUUAUAAAUGCAUCAUGAGGUUUUUUUCUUUCACUCUACACUUUUCCUUUGUGGUUCUAUGUAUAUACUGUAUCACUUUUUCAUUUUACUAAAUUUUGGACCAAUUUUUUUUUUUACUCCUGUGAAGUGUAGAAUAAAAAGAAAAGUUAUACUGCAUGUUAAAAAGUUCAAUUCGAAAAAUAUUUUAUAUCUGUGAAUAAUUUAAUAUUUUUUUUCCUCUUAAGUUAAGAAGCAGUACUCACAGAAGCCUAGUGCCCACCAAUCACAGUACUGCACCAUCACCCACCUCUUACCAUCAAACCCCUAUUGUAUUUCCUAACAGUUCUGUUGUCUCUUCCCAGGAGUGUCAUCCAUGUGAAAGUGUUUUUUUUAUCAUGAGUGAAAAAAUAUAAAACUUGAUAAACUUAGCUACCUUCUAUCAGUAGCAAUGCAAAAUUAUGUAGAGAGGAUUCAACAUUCAGGUGGAACUUGUUGAUUCUGUUGUGACGUACCUAUCAUCCUGGGAUUGUGAGUUAUAAAGAUGCUUGGCUACUGGAGAACUGAGAACAAUUCAAAGCUGAUCAAGUGUCCAGGAAGCUGCGGCUUGAUCGUGGUUGGUGAACCACAUAGUGGUGGCACUGCCAACUCGUGACUCGUAGGGUUAUGCUGCAGCUGGGCUCGUGAGAAAGCUAUUUUGAAAACUUGCUCUGACAAACAAGAACAACUCACACUAUCCCCACUUACUUUCUGCAGCAGUUUAUUUUAUAUUCCACUAACAGGUGCAGAUGAUUGUGUCAACUUCAUUCCUGUGGCAUUAAUUUUUACAAAGCUGCAAUCGGACACAUGAGUGUCUUUAAUAUUGAAUUUAUUUUUACAUUUAUGGAGUGUCCUCAUUGACAGAUGUGUUUGUAUGUAAACCUGCUCAGUUUAGUCAUUCAUCACAGUGAUAUUCAAGAGGUGUAGCGAGGGAGUGAAUAUGUGGUGCAAAUUGUGAUGGGCACCAUAUUGCUCUCCAGACCUUCCGGCAAGCAAAAGAAUUGGCCUAGAAGUAGACGUAAAUGUUUCAUUAACACUUGCAGAAAUGAAUUGGGUGCUGAAAAAAUAUGUAAGUUAAAAAAAUAACUUUUUACAGUUGUUGAUUUGUUACAAAAAUAAUGUCUCUCGACAUAAACUGAUAUUAAUGUAUUUUUAUUAAUACUUGACAAAACUUCACAGUCAUCAUGGCUGCCAUCUUCUGACCACAAAAGCAAGUACAUGUUGACUACAUAAAUUUUGGCACAUAUUCUCUUCACAGACUCCAAAAAAAACAACACGUUGACUGUUCUCAGGUCGGAAAGAUGAAUAUGAAAAUACUGUUAAGCAAUUGUGUAUCGUGUUGCACACGAACUCAUGGUACAGCCGAAGGACUCAGUCCUCGGAACAAAGAAUUUAACUUGAUCCUUGUUGUGGGCUAAUACCGACAAUUGUGGUCAAAAAUUUUAUUUGAAGAUUCAAAAGGAUUUAAAAUGUUUAUUAUACAAAGUAGCGCCCGGACCACAGACGCGUAAUUUACUAUUAGGCUCACUUUAAUAUAUAUAUUGUGAACCACCGCCCCACACACGACCUCUCGGUACCUAGUACAGAUGCUGACUAACAAAUGAGGCUACACAGCACAAAACCAUAGCAGCAUACAAAUUUUCUACACUUCGCAAUGAGGCUGUUUUGACAGAUUACAACAAGAAAAAAAUCACGAAGUCUGCUGACAUAAUUUUUAACCAAUCACAAAAAUACCUUGAAAAAAUACCAGCCAAUACUGUCUGUCUGCCGCUCUCUCUUUCUCUCAUUCUUAUGCUUAAGUGCAACUAUUGCUUCAGCUUGGUCAAACAAAGAAUUGUGGCAAGAAAAAAAUUACAAAAGAAAAUUACAUGAACCCAUCGUUUACAAUUAAAAACAUAACAAGCAAUACUUAAAUAUAUGAAUGCACAUAAAACAAAUGUAAAUACACAAACAGAUAAAAAUAAUGCCUAGGGGCUUAUUCACCAUAAAGCAAGCAAAUCGUCAAACACCUUAAAACGCAUGAAACAAUGUAAAUUACAUUCAUAAAAUAUUUGGCAAAGACAGUAAUACUUCUUAGAAGGAAUAAAAAGUUGUUACUGAAAUGAUAUCAGACAACCCAACCAUAGUUCUGAACAUAAGACAACGUAAUAAAUUGUUAAUUAAACAGUAUAACAAGUGGGAGAGGCAGUGAACUGGGUUGUUGCAGCCUCCAUGUGACAGGACACACGCACCAGGCAUCAGACUCUCACCCAGGGCGUGAUGUCGCCCACCUAUUUCCCUGUAACGUCGCUCACACAGAGACCUGGACUGCUCUUGACGUCGGGCAUGCUGUGAAAUGUAAUUAUUGUAGGCUAUAUAGCAUCCCACAUGCUUCAAUCCUUGUUUACAGUGAGCAACACAUCCUUGACAAUCUUCCAUAUUUAUUUCACUUGCUGCAGUUUACAUACUCUACUUAUAAAGCAGGUAGAAGCCGUCAACUAGGCUGGGAUGGCCGGUCCACACCACUUCGCCGCCCAUUGACCAAAAACAAAACAGAGUAUAGUCACGUCUGCUCUGUCUGGCCAGCGGUAGCUAUCUGGGGUAGGUUAGGUCUCGCAGACCUAGUGAUGUCACAUGUUACCGCUCGUGUCGAACCUGUUUCAAACCACUUAUAUUCUACACAAUAACAAAGACACUAUUUAUGAACACUCAUAAGCAAUGUGAAUAUUAAAGAUAAAUAAAUAAAAUCCUUAAAUACUAAAAAUUAUCAAUUAAGAAAAUAAAUAAAGAGUAAACUAAUUAUUUUAAAGUAUAUUUUGGUGCUAAAAUUCAAAAGCUAUUAAGAUCAGUCACACUACUCAAAAGUAUUUUUUUUUUAAAUUACGUUUUGAUAACCUAAUAAACCAUGAAAAUAUGCACAACAACUAGUUCACUGUAGAUAACGCCGUUGAUGCACUUGCACUGCUGCCAACUCUCAGGGUUUACCAGUGGCUGUUUAAACAGCACCCACUUAUGCAGAGGUUGAUGCAAGAGGCAAGGCACGAACAGCAUCAACAGGUUUACAUUAAAUGUUCACAAGUUAACCGACAGGUCAUUUGUAGGUAGAAACUCAAAAGUCUCAAGUCCCAACUCGGCUGGUUGGGUGCGUUGUGGUGGCCAUGAUGUAAAGUAGUGCUGGUGGCUAGCUACCAGGCAAGCAGGGCAGCAUGGCAGUUGAGCAAGCAUUUCUGCCAUCAGAGGGAGGGGAGGGUAGAGCAUGAAACCCACUAGAAUGGCAUGGUGCAGGUUUGUCACUGAAGAAUAGUUUAGGUUCGGCUGGCCAGUCUGCCGUCCCACCGCAUGUCACAGCCUUCCAUUUGCUUCUUUCCUACAUCCAUGGCACCCAAAUCUUCUUCACCUCUGUGUUGCAGAUAUUUAAAGUCAUGAGAACUAGGUAAUUGGAUUGCAAUAAUACACUAACGUUUCAGUAUUAAAACCUUUGCCACUGAAUACCAACUUUGUGCACGCCCAUUAACACGUACAUGGUCUGAUGUGUUUGGACUUGUUUUGGUUUCAUUCACAUGGUGUCAUCUCGCACGGCAUCUGCCUUUUGAAAUAAAAUGAUAGUUAAAUGAAUCUGCAUAGUUAUUUUAGAAGUUUGAAAACUGACCUAAAGUAAAAAAAAAAAAAAAAAAAGUGUUUUUAGGGGGUUGAGGUAAAAGACAAAAUUUUUCCAGGAACAAUUAAAGUUCACAGAAUCUAGAGUUGUGUAGAAUUAUUUGCAAUUUUUUCUGUGUAAUUUUAGUAUUCUUUUUGCUAGUGUGAAUUAAAUUUGUUACAUUCAAUACUUGUGAGGUUGUGAAACUAUGAAUUCUAGAAGAAAGUAAGUGUUUGUGCCUAAAGAAUGGAUGAUUUUCAGUUUUAACACAUGUAUUUUCAUGUUUCUUUUUGGUUUUUUGGUUAUUGACUUUUGUAAAAUGGUGUCAUAUUUGUUUGUUUUUAUUUCAUGAUAAAUUUCUGUUCAGAAUGGUUUUACCUUAAAUUCUCAGCACUUGUUUUUGUGUCAUAAAUAUAAUUCAGCUUUUUGUUAAAUCAUCAAAUGAUUCUGUGUCUACAAGUGUAUUUAAAUGACUGUAAAAAAUUUUGUUAGUAAAUUUGUUAUUGAAUUUUAA